AUGUCUUCAACUUUAACUAAAUUGAAAAUUAAUGUCGAAACUUUUAAUGAUUAUCUUUAUCUUCUUGGAAAUCUCAAGUCUUUAUCAACAUUAAUUAUUGAUGUGAAAUUAAUAUUAUUCAGCUCAUCACGCAUAAAUAAUACGAAUAAACUUCCCGAAUUGAAAUGCUUCUCAUUGGCAUCGAUUCAUUUCACAAGUCAUUAUGAGAAUUAA